AGAGAGAGAGAGAGAGUAGUGGUCAAGUGCGAAAACGAAGAAGAGAAAAGGGGGAGGAGACGGAGAGAAGUUCCCGAACCCUAAUUCUCCUCUCCCUGAAUCCCUUUCGAAGAAUUUCCUUUAAACUAUUUAGGGUUUCAUCAACGAAUUCGAAAUGCAUAAGCUGGGAAGAGGAAACCGCGAUAAAGUCCAACAAUUUAUGGCAAUCACUGGAACCAGUGAGAAGGCUGCCCUUCAGGCAUUAAAAGCCAGCGAUUGGCACCUAGAAGGGGCUUUUGAUAUUUUCUACAGCCAACCACAGAUUAGAGCUGUGAUCGACUCUAGACAUCUUGAAGAGCUCUACAAUAGAUACAAAGAUCCAUAUGCUGAUAUGAUUCUGGUUGAUGGUAUAACUCUUCUUUGCAAUGAUUUGCAGGUGGAUCCUCAAGAUAUUGUAAUGUUGGUGGUAUCUUGGCAUAUGAAAGCUGCUACUAUGUGUGAGUUCUCACGGCAGGAGUUUAUUGGUGGUCUCCAAUCGCUUGGGAUAGAUUCCAUUGAAAAGUUCCGUGAAAAGCUACCAGCAAUGCGCGCUGAACUGAAGGAUGAACAAAAAUUCCGUGAUAUAUACAUCUUCGCAUUCUGUUGGGCCAGGGAAAAGGGUCAAAAAUCUCUGGCAUUGGACACAGCUAUUGGUAUGUGGCAGUUACUGUUUGCAGAAAAGCAUUGGCCUUUAGUUGACCAUUGGUGCGAGUUCUUACAGGCCCGACAUAACAAAGCAAUCUCUCGCGACACUUGGUCUCAGUUACUGGAAUUUGUUAGGACGAUCGAUCCCGAUUUAUCGAACUAUGAUGAACAGGGAGCUUGGCCCUAUUUGAUAGACGAAUUUGUGGAGUAUUUGGCGGAGAAUGGGAUCGUUCAACACAGGAAGUGAAUGGAUUUGUGAUGGAGAGGUAGAUUGGAUGUGAUGUUGCAGCAAAAUAUGCAUUAUUUCCGAUUUUCUUCGAUUUCGCAUUUCUCUUUGCUCCCACCAUGCCACUUAAAAAUCAACAUCUUGGCACCUUUUAAUUUAUUCUCAUUCAAACCAAAUCUGCAACAUUUAAGUGUUAUAUAUUGUGCUCAUGUCUACUUCAUCCGUAUUAUUUAAAAAGUUUUGUGGCUUCAAAAUAGUAUCAAUUUGGAUGGUUUAAUUUUCA